AUGAUAGAAGGUUUUAGACACGGGCCCAGUGGCGCCUCGACGGGGCAAGAAUUCGACAAAGAUGAAGAAAGUUCAGCGCCGGAAGACACCAGUUACGAGGAACUGUCAUCUUUGAAGAGUCUACUGCACUUCCCUGAGGAGGUGGCGCUGAGGCUCACAGAUACUGAGUAUCAGUUAUUUUAUCAAGUACCUCCAAUUGAUUACCUCAGACAAGUCACCCUGGACCUCGGAGGAGAGGGGGUGUUAGGGGCUGUCAGUGAGAGGCAUAUGAUCCGCAGGGCACCCCCCACUCACACCCAGCAAGCGAAGAGUACCGUCAGAGCGCUUAUUAGAAGAUUUAACGAGGUGUCUGCGUGGGUGACAGAGCUGGUGCUCUCGCAGACUUCCUCCGAGGAUCGGAAGGCGGCUCUCGCCUGCAUCCUUCGUAUAGCACUCACCUGUUGGAACAUUGGCAACUUCAACGGCGCUAUGGAGAUCGUGGCCGGCCUCAAAUCCAAUAAGCUGAAAGCCUUCUGGUUCAGCAUAUCAGAUGAACCUCUGCCAGCUCUCGACUUCCUCUCAGCGGCUCUACUCUCAGCGGAGUAUGAGCGCGCACUGGGCCGGGCGCUGGCUAUGCCUGAAUGUAGACUAAUACCCUUCUUUGGAGCCUUUUUAAGGGAACUCAGGGAGAUCCUGGCUGCAUCACCAGCUCUGACCAGCCAUUCUGUAGCAGGCACCCCCACCAGGAGAGAUUUUAAACGGGAAUCCACAAAAGAGGAUAGAGGGUCUCUAAAGAAGGAUGCGAGGAGAGAGAGCGGGAAGAGAGUGGACCAGGGCACCACAACGAGUCCACUGCGGGACGCGUGCAAGCGAGAAGCAAGAGUCAACGAGCCUAGUAGACAAGUGUACAUAGCAUCGUUUGACGAGGAAGGCGAGUCGGCUCCUGGCUGGAGGCGGGUGGGACCUGAAGGUCUGCUGAACUUGGAGAAGGUGUACCGGACCCAGGCGGUGAUGGACCAUAUAGCCAGCUUUCAUCAGCACCACUACGCGCUUGCCAGAAACAAUGCACCAGUUUUUGGUGAUUAUUUAAGAGCAGCAAUGUCGGCAUGCGAGGAGCCUGUGUUCACGCAAUCCUCGCAGAAGACAUCCGGCUGUGACUUUGAAAAUGAGGCCUUAUAUGAACUAGAGGGGGGUGGAUAUUGCCCUGUACAACCCUUACCACAUGACCACGGCGUCACCAUGUUCCCGUUGGCACCGCAAAAUGGCGACAGAAUUGAUAGGCAUGUGUUACAAAUAAUGCAUCACGGCACCGCUUGUAUAGUAGGAGAAUCAGAAUGGGGAGGCACUCUUGCGCAGCUUCGAUUAGAACGCGCAUGCGCUUUACUUACAUGGUGUAGAACUGCGCAUAGACCCCAUACUCAACAUGGUGAAACUCCCUCGGAGAACAUGCAACAACCUGAAGUGAGCCUCUCCUACAACCCUGAGGAAGUAAUACCCCUGAAAUACACAGCUAACCUGCACGAAAAUGAAGCUGGAAUUGUAGGAGAAGAAGGCUUCAUAGACCUGCAGUGUGUGAAAGAUAUGCGUCUCGGAGGGAAGUUGUUAGAACCGAGAGAUAUCUCGGAUCUGAUGGGCUGCGCUAAGCGACACGGCCUCGAGAGUUGUUCACAUGGACCACAUAUCAUUACGCUGGUGUACGGAAGGAGUUUGAGCGACAAUAGGACUGUACAUUUAGUUCUGCCUUCUUACUCAUAUAGGGUAUGGGUGGUGGGUCUCCACUCCGUGAUACGAGCCCUGAUGAGUCAGGCAAAGCUAGCAGACAGGAGUUUAGCGUGGCUGAAGAAUAAGUACACAGCACUAUACUACGAGGACGGAUGCUGCUGUGAACCGCUCGUGUCUGAUGCCAUCAGGGUAUUUGGAGGCAGAGAGAGCACAUGUGGCAGCUCAUCCCACUCAACUCCCGUUAAAGGCGCUUACACUGACUCACAUUCCGACUCAAUUAAAAGUGGAGGCAUUAAGUUUAAGAAGAACAAAUCCACAUCAGAAUUGAAGACAAGCUCACCUAAAAGCUACUGUUCCACUCAUACAUCGGGCACGAGAAGUGAAGAUGAAGUGGUGCUGACUCACUCACCGAGACAUAGUUCGUACUCAGCCACGAUGAGUCAGCACCAUCCGUGUGCUCCACGACACAGCAGCCUGACCGCGGCCGCCACCAGCAUCAUGGCCGGCUCACCAAACAGGAGUAGCUUGAAACGACUGGAGACCAGCGAACGGUUUUGGGAGAACCUGAAACAUUUAAGGACUGGAUCAGUCGGUUACGAUACACAAUUAGAUUUUAUGGACUUUGUUGCCUUAUUCAGAAGUUUUAGUUUAGUGAUGCGUUCGGAGUUACGAGACGUGUUUGAACAACUCGCCGUGCCUAGAAACAGAUCGCCCCUACUCGGAGCUGAGAAGAGUAGGAGCUCCCCAGAACUGUUUAGAGGAAGAGCUGCUUUUAGAACUGGCCUACUUACUAGAAAUGGAUCCUUAGAUAUAGAAGCUCCAAGCGAUAAAGCUGGGCGGAAGAAAGCUUUCGAUCUUUUAGCUGCCGCCGCUCUACCUGGCGCCUGUCCGGACGUGAGUGGACGGGUCUUAUCGAUGCCUACGUUAGGCAAAUUCUGUGAAACUAGACAAAAUGAGCCAAAGACUGAUGAUCAACUCAGGGACAUCAUUCAGAGACACGAACCAGAUUCGACUCUGAGAUCCGAGCACUGCCUGUCCUUUGAGGGUUUCGUUAGGUUCCUCACCGACAAAGACAACUACGCCUUCGUGCCUGAGCAGAGACGAGCAAACAAUUUUAUUAGCAAGCCCCCCAAAACCGAAGAGGAGGAGUUGAUCAAGGAUAUCACGAAGGAUAUGGGUGGUCCCUUGAGCCAGUACUACAUAGCCAGCAGCCAUAACACUUACCUCACCGGCCACCAGCUCAAGGGGGAGUCUUCUGUAGAACUCUAUAGCCAGGUGCUACUAACGGGAUGCAGAUGCGUAGAGCUGGACUGCUGGGACGGAGAUGACGGCAGUCCGGUCAUCUACCAUGGACACACGUUUACCACCAAAAUACCGUUCCGGAGAGUCGUAGAAACAAUUGCAAGGAGUGCGUUUGUUGCAUCCCCGUACCCCCUCAUCUUGAGCAUCGAGAACCACUGCAGCCUCCCUCAGCAGCAGGUCAUGGCCAGCACAUUUGAGGCAGUGUUUGGAGACAAGCUGGUUACAUCAUUUCUGUUCGAAAUUGACUACACCGACGACCCUCGGCUGCCCAGUCCAGACCAACUCAAGUACAAGGUGCUCAUAAAGAACAAGAAACUACCGCCUAUUGAAUCAAGUCCAACGGUGGGACUCACUGGAGCCAGUUCAGCAGGACAUGGAGGAGUACUCGCUACUGCUUUCAGGUCGAAUGGCAUACGGCAUACAAGCACCUCGCUUCAGGAGCAGAGCAACCGCACCAGCUCUAUAAUGUCCAACCAGUCGGCUGGCAGUUCCCUCACUGAAUACUUCUCCGACGAGGACUACGAUGAAGAUGAUGAGGAACUUGAUGAGAAAGAACUGCACAAAAUUCUAAAAUCCAUGGAGGAUAAGUGCGGUCGGACUUCCCUCUCCCUCUACCAAAGUUUCCGAAGGAGUGAGGGAGACGGCGAAACCACUACGGGAAGCGUAAAACAUACCACCACGAGAAAACGAAGCAACCAGAUCGCUAAAGAACUGAGCGAUAUGGUCACAUAUGUUCAGGCGAUCAAAUUCCGCGGCCUCAGCCCAUUGUCGCCGAAGAGCUCUAUCAAACAACCCAGCAACUCAAGUGUUACCAAGGACAGCGCGCCGUGUAGCAGCUUCGAGUCCUCGGAGAGCAGCGACAGCACUGGAACAGUAAAUGUAGCUCAGCAGUCGCAGUCCUCAAGCGGUCGAGCUCGCUGCCUGAACGCGCCAGCUUCUCACCACCCUUGCUACAGAUGUUCUUCCGUCAAUGAAGCUAUUGGCAAGAAGAUUUGCAGGAAACAUCCCCUAGCUCUCGUAGCCCAUACGGAAACACAACUCGUUAGGACUUAUCCCGCCGGCCUAAGAAUCGACUCGUCGAACUUCGACCCUGUGACCUUCUGGUCUUGCGGCGUGCAACUCGUCGCGCUGAACUACCAGACGGAAGACGCCGCAAUGGCUGUUAACGCAGCCAUGUUUGAAAGCAACGGAUAUAUUGGAUAUGUGAAGAAACCGCCAGUAAUGUGGGAUCCUGGACAUAUUGCGUACAGACGGUUCAACCCUAUGGACAAAGAGUUUGAUGGUAUCCACGCAGCCCACCUGACCCUCGCCGUUAUAUCCGGACAGUACGUCGCUGAAAAUGUAUACUCAUUCUACAACGCAUUCGUUGAAGUCGAAAUAUUAGGCGUGCCAGCCGACUGUAAGAAGAUCCGGACAAAAGUGGCAAGGAAGAACGCUCUAAACCCUAUAUGGAAUGAAACAUUCAAUUUUAAGAUUAACUUCCCAGAACUAGCAUUUGUCCGUUUCGAAAUAUACGAUGCUGAUACGAACUAUAUGCUGUCUCAGAGAGUGAUACCACUGCAGUGUUUGCGACCGGGCUACAGGCAUGUACGGCUGAGAUCACCAACAAAUCAGCCCCUAAACAUGGCAUCCCUACUCAUCUUCUCCCGCUGUUGCGAGGAGUUGGCAGGAGAGACGUGUCGUGGAGACUUGGAGCCGAGUUCACCUCACGAAAGACGGAAGAUCCACUUCCUGGUCGUAUAUGCUGUUGCGAGGCAUGAACCGUACUCUAUCCUCAAGGUGACGCAAGAUACUACAGCGAAUGAGGCUAUAGCCCAAUGUUUAACAAAAGCGGGGGUCUGCCGAACCUCCCGAGGUAACUACGUCCUCGUGGAGGAGGUACCUUCGAGAGCACCAACUCAAAGGGUCCUGGCUCCUCACGAAAGGGUCCUGAGAGCAGCCACGGCGAGGGUUGGAGCCAGAUUACUACUGAAGAAGGUCGGCGAUGACCCAAGUAGCAGAGCCUGGUUGACAAGUAUAAGAUCAGCGUCAUCAGACCGGUCCCGGGAGCGAGCUGUACCAUCAGAUGAUGAGACGAGCACACAGGAAGACGAAGCACGGAAACCUUCCGAUAGCUUCCUCGUAUGCGUCCAUAAUGUCUCCCACGAAAUACCCUACGCUAUACUUAAGGUGCCACUGAGUGCGACAGCAUCCUACGUUGUGUACCAAGCACUCACAAAGGCUCGGUGUCACGAUGACCCUAAAAGGUUCGUUCUAGUCGAGGAGUUGGAGUGGGGCGGACGGGCUGGUACCGGUCCUCAACAGAGAGCAUUGGCUGAUGAUGAAGUGGUCUACGGCGCUCAGGCAUGUUGGAAGACCCUCGGAAGGUUUGUGCUUCAGGAGAAAGGCAGUACAGCACCGAUACCCAGACAUAGGGCUGCGAUAGCGAGGAUACAACGUGGGCUCAGCAUGACGAGAGGUGCUAUUACAGGCGGAGCUUUCCCUAUGAGUAGCGGCGUGUCUGAGAAUCCCAUGACAGAAAGCAAGCCCCCUGUACAAUCCGCCCACAGCGACCCUACGCACUGCAGGAGAGUAUCGACAACACCGUUGGGGAAAGGUAUCGGCCGAGCAAAAGGACACUCCGACAAGGAUAUGAGGUCUUUUAUGCAGAGGCGGGCGGCAUCCAGAGAGGUACAUUCAGAAGGCGAGACGGUGGGCGGAUCUUUGGGUGCGGAAGCUCUUGCAGCUCAAGUGGCGAGGUUUAAGCGCGUCUCGUUGAGGAAACUGCGGGCGUGGAGAUCCUGAGUGUGGCGGGUGUUUCGCCGGCUCGGCACCAGGUUAGCCAACCACCGAGCCUCCCUCUCAUCCGAGCUCGGUUCCCUCUGGGACUUCAUC